AUGGGCCGAUGCCACCUCCGGAAGCUGCUCCCGGCCCCAGGCAACCCGGCCACCGACGGCGCUGAUGCCCGCGCCGAUGCCGGCGAGCAGUCUGCGGCGGGAGACCGCCGUGGCCGACCGACCAGAGUUGCGUGCAACGCCUGUCGCCAGAAGAAGUCCGCCUGUGAUGGUAAGCGGCCACAAUGUACACCCUGCCGACGCAAAGGCACCGAAUGCAUCUACAUCAGCAAAGACACUUCCGAAACCCUAGGCAUGGCCCUCAAGCGAGAAGCCGAAUCUCUCAGAGAGCGCACGCAGGAAUUGGAGGAGCUCAUAGCGCACCUGUCAUCGAUGCAAGACGACGCUCAACGACACAUCCUGCUCCUGCUACGGACAGCUGUGGACCCGGUCUCCCUCUUACCUUUGGUGCGCGGCAAUCUCGUCCAGACGCAAUUAUCGGCAUAUAGUACAGCACAGUCCUCCGGCCCAGUUCUUCGGCCACAGAGUGGGCUUGGGAUCUUGGAAUCACACUCUCACACCCAUCCUACCUCUCAGUCCCCAGACGAAAGUAGCGACCAGCCUCUGCCCUUGAUAGCAGGCACAGAGAUAUCCAGUUUCAUGCCUGCCGUGAACCAUAAACAUGAAACAGAGCUCUAAACUCGCCUAGCGAACCCCCGCUUGGAACAACUCGACAUCUCCUUCUGGUCUACAAUCUCUAUAGCCAAUGUCUACGCCGCGUUUGCCAUCUCCAUAUACCUGGAGACCGGACACUAUGUCCUAGGCACGUUCCAUGCCGAGUGCCCGACCAGGAUACUGAGGAUGGGGGUCCUCCUGCAAGUUCUGCAUGAGUGCUCGGUCUGACCAGUUCAGGUCGCGUUCAAAGGCCACGUUUGUGAAGCUGAAACUGCGCCU